AUGACGGAUAAGCUCCCUCCCAACCUUUUGGCGCUGUUCGCGCCGCGCCCGCCCUUGCGAUGGGUUGCGCCUCCCGACCAUGCGCCCGAGAAACGCAAGACGCUGCCCGUCUCCGGUGUCGCCGAAUUCCUGCCCGCACUUCAGGCCUAUAAGGAGACCGACGAUUACAAGCCGACAGAGAGCUGGCUGGAGAUGCGCGACCGGAAGAAGCGCGAGAAGCAGGCCGCAGUUGAGAAGCUCAAGACGGAGGGGCCGAAUAACUUCAAACCCCACGAGGAUCCCAACGUCCGUGGCGAUGCCUUCAAGACGUUGAUCGUUGCGCGACUUUCAUAUGAGGCCAAUGAGCAGGACCUUGAGAGGGAGUUCGGUCGAUUCGGCCCUAUCGAGCGAAUCCGUAUCGUCACUGACACCCAUGCUCACGAGAAACCCAGAAAGAAGAAGAAGGCCCAUCGUGGCUACGCUUUCGUCGUGUUCGAACGAGAGAAAGAUAUGAGAGCUGCUCUAGAUGCCUGCGAUGGUAUUCGAAUCAAGGACCGACGUAUCAAGGUAGACGUCGAACGAGGCCGCACCGUUAAGGGCUGGGUGCCCCGUCGUCUCGGUGGCGGCCUCGGAGGCCGAGGUUACACCAAGGCUCUGCCUGCCAGACCCAUGGGCGGCGGCGCUGGUGGCAGCUUUGGCGGUGGUUUCCGCGGAGGCUUCCGUGGCGGCUUCGAAGGAGGACGCGGCCGCGGUGGCUUCAGGGGAGGCUUUGGCGGUCGUGGAGGAUUCCGCGGCGGCGGCGGCGGCGACUUCGGUAACCGUGGCGGUGACCGCGGCGGGCCUAACGGAUACGGCGCACCUAGGGACGCCCCUUCGGGACCUGGCCGCGGCUUCGGAGGCGACCGUAGCUUCUCCGGCGGUGGGUAUGACCGCGGUGGUGGCCGCUCACAUGACGACAGAUCUGGCGGUCGUUACGGCGACCGGUACGGUGACCGUGACAGGGACCGCGACCGCGAUGGAGGCCGAAGGACCGGAAGCAACAUGGAACCGAUCAGACCCAGAGGAGAAGGUGGGUAUCGCGGUGACCGAGGCGACAGAGCCGACAGAGGCGAUCGUGGCGACAGAGACCGCGACAGGGAUCGCGACAGCCACAGGGACAGAGACUACGACCGACCUCGCGACGACGACAACAGGAAACGCGGAUACGAAGGCGGUUACGAGGACCCCAGAAAGUUGCGUCGUUACUGA